AUGAUUAGGAUUUCAUUGAUGAAUUAAGAACAAUUUUUAGAUUAAUUGGAUCAACCAAAAAGAUAAAAAUUCCUUGAAGAAUCAAUGAUUCUUUUUGAUGAUAAUGACGGUAACUCAAUAAUGGAAUUCAAUAAUUUAAAUAAUACUAAUAAUAAUAAAUUAGAAACUUAAUCUUCUAAACUUCAAGAUGGAUGGUUAGACAAACUUCCAAUUAAACAUGAAUUUGAUGAUCUAGAAGAACUGGAGAAAAUACUAUCUUAAUGA